CUUCGAACAGGUGUAUCGUGCACGUGGAUCCGAAGGACACCGAAGACAACGUCAUCUGCCGACAGUUUCUUGCAAGAUGGCCGCGUCUGUCAAAUGCAACUUCCACUGACAGCAGCGAACGCCACAGGAUAUAUUGCACGAGUACGCACGGAACAAGGUUUGGAAAGAUCUACCCAAUGUUGGCAAACACAAGAAUGUUGUUGCAACAAAAGUAGAAGGACUUGGGACUAUUCUCGAUAUCAAGUAUGGAAAAGAGACACAGUGCGGAACUUCUUAGUGUGGAGCAGAACAAUUCCAAGAAUGCCAGCUCAGAUUCCCUUAACUCAGACAGCAAAAGCAGUUCGCUCAACUCAAAAAUGGGCCAGGAAUCGGAGAGCUGGGAGAAAGCAUCACAUUCGAAAAGCUUUUCUUCAACCUCCACUUCAACAGAUAAUAAUAUAGUCUCUACUUUGGAGGCUAAAAGAGAUAAUCAAGUAAAAAAUUUGUCUGGAGGAGACACGGGACCGCCACUUUUGAACGGAGAACGAGUGCAAGGCAUCGCGCACGAAGUAACCUACCUGUGUCCUUACUCGGGACCCGCCAGAGGAAUCCUUAGUGUCACGAAUUACAAGCUCCAUUUCCGUAGUAUAGAUCGAGAAACGCCUUAUGUCGUUGAAGUGCCGUUGGGUGUCGUUAGCCGAAUCGAAAAGGUCGGCGGUGCGUCUAGCAGAGGAGAGAACUCUUAUGGGAUCGAAGUGUUUUGUAAAGAUAUGAGGAAUCUCAGAUUUGCCCACAAACAGGAGAAUCAUUCCAGACGAGACGUUUUCGAGAAGCUGCAACAGUAUUCCUUUCCAUUGUCACACAAGUUACCUCUAUUCGCCUUUGAGUACUCCGAGACUUUCUCCGAAAAUGGUUGGAACGUUUACGAGCCUAUAGCGGAGCUAAAAAGAAUGGGUGUAAAUAAUGACAUGUGGAAAAUAUCGAAAAUCAACGACACGUAUUCGCUGUGCGACAGUUAUCCGGCAGUCUGGGCGGUACCUGCCGCAGCGACUGACGAGGAUCUUCAAGCGUCUGCGGGAUUUAGGAGUAGAGGUAGACUUCCGGUUCUCUCUUGGAUUCAUCAAGAAAGUCAAGCGACGAUAACUCGCUGCGCUCAGCCAUUAGUGGGUGUUGGCGGUAAGCGAAGUCGCGAAGACGAAAGGUACGUCCAACUCAUAAUGGACGCAAACGCGCAGAGCCACAAGCUUUUCAUCAUGGAUGCUCGGCCGAUGCCAAAUGCGAUAGCGAACAAAGCGAAAGGCGGCGGAUACGAAAGCGAAGACGCUUAUCAGAACGCGGAGUUAGUCUUUCUUGAUAUUCACAACAUUCACGUCAUGAGGGAGAGCCUUAGGAAAUUAAAAGAAUUAUGUUUCCCUACAAUCGACGAGGCUCGAUGGUUAUCGGGCAUAGAAUCGACAAUGUGGCUUAAACAUAUCAAAUGUGUUCUCGCUGGAGCUGUGAGAAUCGUGGACAAAGUGGAGAAUCACAAGACUUCUGUCCUGGUUCACUGUUCCGACGGUUGGGACCGAACGGCGCAACUCACUGCUCUCGCAAUGUUGAUGUUAGAUCCGUACUACAGAACGGUCAAGGGAUUCGAGGUUCUAAUAGAAAAAGAGUGGCUCAGUUUUGGACACAAGUUUCAACAGAGGAUAGGCCACGGAGAUGAACAUCACAGCGAUGCGGACAGAUCGCCGGUGUUUUUACAAUUUAUCGACUGUGUUUGGCAGAUAACCCGGCAGUUUCCUAACGCUUUCGAGUUCAACGAACACUUCCUAAUCACCAUUCUCGAUCAUCUCUACUCUUGCAGAUUCGGCACGUUUUUAUUUAGCAGUGAACGUGAAAGAGCGCAAGAGCAGGUGAAACAGAGAACCGUCGCCCUCUGGUCGUAUACCAACAAUCAACUACCUCUUUACUUGAAUCCACUAUAUCGAUCCGGUCCCAAUUAUCAGCUUGUCCUGAUGCCGAUUGCCAGCAUGCGUUACAUCAAGCCAUGGAAGAGUCUCUACUGCAGAUGGAAUCCCAGUAUGCGACAACAGGACCCUGUCUAUCAAAGAACAAGGGAGCUUCUAGUCUUGAAAGAGCAACUGGAGAAACAGUUGGAGGAAGGUCGACGCGAACAAGCCUCGCGAGCGAAUCGAUCUCUGACCUCGCCGGCGCCACCGAGGAUACAUUCCCCGGUUCACUCAUAGCGCUGCGGGAAACCCGACCGUCUGAUGAUUUGUAGUUUUGUAAAUGAGCUGUAAACUUGAUCCACUCCUUUGAGCCAGUACAAGAUGUUUGAUUGACUGAACUUCGCUUGGAUGUACACGAUACGCCCACUCGAUAAAGGUCGAUUUAAAAUCACGCGCAAACGAGCGUCUUUGUAGUUCAGUUAAUUAAUCGCAUACAUAACCGGUAUAUAUACGUAAUAUUCCUUCUCCACACGUAACUAUAUACCGAUUAUAAUAUCGAUACGCUUAUCCUACGAAUAUGCUCCAUCGAGCCAGGUCUCGCACAAUUAAUUAUUAAUAUUAAACGUGUGAUAUGAAACGAAUGAUUGUAUCGCCGUAAAGCCGAUUUUAUUUUAUUGGAGACACCACUUCUCAGACGCACAAGACUAAGUGAUUAAACUAAUUACAAAGCUAUGCUAAUGCGUUGCUAUAUUGCGGUAUUGGUAUUGCGAUCACGUCCGCAAAAUUUAUGAAUGAGAUUGUCUCGCACAUCUCAUUUUUUUAUGCCGCGAGACUGAGCCAACUUUUGCGUUAGCGAUAUAUACGGAGCCUCUGACAUUAAAGACAACGCGUAAGCGCAAAAAUAAGUAAUUACUAAGUUCCCAAGAAACAUGGUACACUAGAAAAGAAAAAUUAGAGCAAUGAGCUUAUCCCUUGAAUUAAGAUUGAGGCUUUAAGGAUUUGGAUUCACUCACCGCAGUCAGAAAGUUCAAAUGAUCGGCCGAUUCACUGUACAAGUGAAUCGAGUUUAUGAUGAAAGGAUUUAAAAGGUAAGCGCAGUAAGUGAGUCUACUUAAAGGUAUCCAACCUCUGAACGACAACAACUGAUUGACUAUGCCUGUAAGAAGUGUGUUUGAAUAUUAGAAUAGUUUCUUCAAUAAUUUAUAGCGUGCUGCAAAGCUUGCUGAAGAGAAGAGCUUAUAAAGAUCGAAACGAACAAGUUUCGCGCGAGUUCAACAUAAGAUUAAUCUUACCUCCGUGUUUAGUGUAACACGCUAUUAAAAUCCAUGCCAGACCUAUCGCCCAGACCGUCCUGCUCAGUCCAACGUAAAAGGCAGUGGCGAGAACAGAUAUGUAUCGCUCGCACAAGCCGAACAAUACGGAAACGUUGCAAGCGCUACCAAGACACCAACACAAAAUUACAGUCCUCUGGAAAAUGCACGCCACUUUUAAAAUAUUUUUUAGCGCAAGGUAAGCAGUAAUCAUUCCGAUGAUGUAAGGACCUAUUCUAGUCCACGGCGAGUAGUACAGGAUAUUCUGGAGUCUAUACUGUUCGUCCAGCCUGCAAACGACAAAAGACACGCGCAUUUAAUCAAUCCCACGAUUAAUAAGACACUUUUCUCAAACUUACGUCGGGACGUAUUCAUUAGCGUAUGAUAUAUAACCGACACAACGUACGGAGCACGACGUCGGAGCACGAUAGCGUUAAAAUAUCGUGCCGCAAGUCGGUCAACUUACAUAGUCAACAAAAUCAAUAGGAUCAAGCCGAUUACGAAAUAUUGCGUGUCAUUGGAAAGGUACCAACUCCAAGACAUGCACUGCAAGAGUAAAAAUUCGUUAAUAAAACGUUACGCACACACGCGAGCGUAAUCUUGAAGCCGAUUGAAUUGUCCGUACCAUCGAGUUAUGGUCGAAGAGAUUAUUUAUGUACAAAAGAUUUCUCCACCAGUAUUUGGCGCAUGUCUCGUGCGGUCUUUCGUUCAUGUAAAACUGCGAGGUCCUGCUGUACCAGGACGAAUUCAAGUAUACUAUUCCUAUCGUCAUCAUAUAAGGAGGUGUUAGCCUUAAAAUGAAUUUUUAAAUAUGAAAGAAGGAACAUUAUUAUAUAAUAUUCGAUUUUUACGUUUAUCUCUUGUAUAUUUUCUUGUCUUGCUUAUUAUCGUACUGUUUAUUGUCCGGACGAAUUGAGAUAACGAACAACAUACCGGAUAAAUCUUCUCGUUACGACGACAAAGAACUCGUUCAGCUUCGCCGCGUAAUUAAUCGGCUUAUUAUACGUUUUACCCAUUGAUUUCUCCAGAUAUAAAUAAGCGAGUAAAAAUCCGCUGAUGAAAAAGAAAGUAUCGACCGCUAACGUUGAAUUGCUGAUUACUUGAGUGGCGAAGCCCUCGCUCAUUCUCAUAAUCCAUGCUCUGUUAUCUACAAAAUAAAUUUCGUUAAACGCAAAAGAUGCGCAUAUAUGGAUGGAUUAAGAAAAUCUCGUUUUCUUACCGAAAUAAUCCAUCGUGUAAAAUAUGGUAUGGAUCAUGAUCAUCCAAGUCAUGCCUAUAAAUCUCAAGCCGUGAAUGACGGAUAUCGAACUGCUGUUCAUUGUUGUGCCGAAUAUAAAUUUCGUGUUUGUGUAAACGGAGAAGCAUAUCAAUACUUGUUCGAGUUUACUUUCUUUGCGUAGAGACAUUAGUUCCGCGUCUUCUGGCACAUCUUUCGAGUUAUUCGUAUCACAAUCCAAUAUCUUUAGUGGCACUGAUACGAAAAAUGAUUAGUCCAUUAUAUAUAUAUGAGAAAUGUAACGCAGUUUCUUGUUAAAUUACAGAAGAAACGAAAAGUAUUUCGAGGAAAAUACUUACGAGUCGUAUUAUCGCUAUAUGUGCGAAGGUUUUUCGCUUUCAAGUAUUUUUGAUGCACGAAUAUAUCGUAUAUCGUUCCGAUUAACAUCAAGGUCCAAGUAAACACCAAUACAAAUCUGCAACUCAGAAAAUUGUAACUUUAUGCUGUAGUGAAACCACCCACUAAUUUCUCUCUCGCGAACAUAUAUUUUAAAUAACGUACCCGAUGAAAAAUACUGCACCAUUGAAUAACCAUUGAUUAUCUUCUUUCAGAUCUUUGACUUCAAUCAAUCUAAAGUCCGCGGAGUAAAGGCCACCGAUCAAAAGAGUUCUGUCACGAAAUAUUCUCUUCAAAAUGAAGCUUAGAUUGUUCGUGGAGCAGGAUGCCGGUAAACAGAGACCGAGAAGAGAGAGAGAGAGAGAGAGAGAGAGAGAGAAACUCGCGUAAAUUUAUAAAAGUCCACACCUAAUUUGACUGAAAAUUAAGCGGAAGAAACGUCGCUGAAGACCGCUGAAGAUGCUGGCCGAAGCUGAGGACGAAACGUUCCUUCGGACUGUUCUCUAUUCUCGCCGUUCAAUUCUGUUUCUAUGCAAAUGUCAGUACAACAUUUGGGAAGUUCCGUUCGCAGCUCCUGCUUUUGGGCUUGCACAAUGCUGGAGCGCAAUGAUCAGCGAGAUUCGACGACUGGGAGAGGACUGGGGAGCCCAAUACAAGAAGUUUACGCUGACUCGAAGUGGAAAGCGAGGCGUCCUCGUCGUUGAUGUCUUUAACGUCGCGCGACAGGACCCCACCACGUCAUUUGUGUAUGGGGUAUCACUUCGCGUAUGAUGAUCCACUGUAUAUGUCGAGUCCGCAUGAAUAAUCGAAUCGAGGAGAGGGAAUAACGAAAAGAUGUGUCCUUCGCUCUAGACACCUUUAAAUUUCUAUCUCGCAUCUAGGAUGCCCUGUGUUGACAAGUAUAGUUAUCGCUCAACUUCCAAAGUAUUCCGCUGAUGAAUGCAGUACUUGAAGAGUAUACUUUUUUUGUACAUAGGUUAAACGAGAAAGCGUUAUUACCUAAACGGAGUAGUGUCGAAACCGAGUAACGAGAAUAGUGAGCAUGCACAGACCCGUGCGUGAUUGAAACACGCUCAGUGGUCUAAACAGUGGUCACAGGUCGCGGCGACGGGACGGAGACUUCUGUCCACGUAAUCGAAUACAUAAACCGUGUCUUCUUGCUACUCAUAUGUAUAAUAAGAGCGUGUUUUCUUAUUGCAUAACGCAACAAGAUUUCACCUGCCUUUUUUCGUCCUUCCCGAAUGACGACAUCCUGCCCGUUAUUGUAUCUGUUUUUACAUACUCUGUAUGAGAAAAUUCAAUUUGAAUUGCGAUCAAUAGUGGUUUGCGAAUGUUUAGUAAUUACAAGCUACGACAAAUUUAAAAUAAAACGCCUGAACGCAA